AUGGCAUUGCCUUCCAUCAUAGACGAUACAUAUCCGCAAUACAAGCCGCAGCAUGAGUCUCAGUACACCGAGAUACUCACCGGGGAAUAUGGCCCAGAUCGCCCAGGCACGCCUCGUCCACCUCUCAGUAUCUGGCCGAGCGGGCGUCAUAGCAGGCAGUCAUACAUUCCGCCACCCUACAGUGCCAGGAUUAGUACCAGACAGUCAGGGCUGCGAUCUCUACAUUUACAGCAAGGCAUGUUCCAACAACCCGUCAGUACUCCGAUUCAAGAAGAAAGCCAAGGCAUUGAAAUCGACUGGCGGCCCUCCAGGGCGUUCACGUUUGCAUUUGGAUCGCUGAUCGUCGUCAGCGUGUGUGUCUCUCUAGAAGCGGCGUGUCUCGCCUUGGCCCUUCCAACCAUCGCCUCUGAGCUAAAUGGCUCAUCUAUCGAAGCUUUCUGGACCGGGAGCAGUUUUCUGCUAGCAUCUGCAGUCUCACAGCCAAUAUUUGCUUCCUUCAGCAACCUCUUUGGCAGGAAGUUGAUGAUACAAGUAUCUUGCGUCUUCUUCGGUGCUGGUUGCGUCAUCUCCGGCCUGGCUCGAAACUUUACCGUCCUGCUAGCCGGGCGUACGAUCAUGGGGAUUGGCGGAGGCGGUAUAAUAACGCUGGCUGAGACAACUGUUACGGAUCUGGUACCUUUGAGGUACCGUGCAACGUACCUUGGGUAUCUCGGUUCAGGUUGGGCCGCUGGAAUGGUCUCAGGGCCAUUACUUGGCGCCGUUCUCGUCGAAAAGGCAUCGUGGCGUUGGAUCUUCUGGAUAAUGAUCCCCUUUGUCGUGCUUGGCUUCAUUGCCAUUUCUUUUUAUUUGAACCAAACUCCCGUACCCGGUUCUUUUAUGUCUAAAAUGCGACGAUUCGAUUGGAUUGGCGCCACCUGUCUGACAGGAUCACUGGUCUGCUUCCUCAUCGGCCUCUCUUGGGGAGGCGUCCAGUAUGCAUGGAACGACUGGCGAACGUGGUUUCCCAUGGUCCAAGGGGCCGAGGGAAUAGUGUUCACAAUGGUGUACGAGUUUAUGCUCGCGAAAGAACCACUCAUUACACCGACCAUCUUCAACAACAGGAGCAUGAUCAUUUGCUAUCUCCUGAGCUGUGCACACGGUGCUGUGGUAUGGUGUUUGCUGUAUUUCUUGGUUAUCUACUAUGAGUCUGUUCAGUUUUAUGGAACUAUCACUACCGCUCUGGCGGCGAUGCCAGAGAGUCUCACGAUCGUUCGCCUGAUAGCAACCAAGACUGGUGAAUACCGCGCAUUGAUCCGACUAGGGUGGGCCGUGGCAAUCUUCGGGUUUGUGCUAUUAAGCCUACUCGACCAGAACACGACGAUAUUUGGCUGGAUCCUCCUCAAUUUGCCUAUUGGUAUAUCUACUGGCAUACUUUUCACAACCGUUCCAGUUGCGAUCCAGGCUGCUGGUCGGCCAGAAGACGCCGGGCCUGCUGCAUCCUUUUUCUCUUUCUGCCGUUCGCUUGGCCAGGCAAUUGGUGUUUCCGUCGGUGGCACAAUUUUGCAAAACCGUUUCAAAGGCGUAGCUAGCGGCCUUCAAACCAUUGGGCCACUAGCGGAAGAGUUCAGCCACGAAAUAGAAGGCCUUAUCGCCUUCUUAAAGUCGUUGCCCACAACAUCACUUAUGAGGAGUGAGCUAGUACGGGCUUACUCAGACAGCUUACGAAGUCUUUGGUACUUCCUAUCUGGCUUCAGCGUUGUCAUACUCUUUCUCAGCUUCUUCAUUAAGAGGUACACUCUAGACCAAGCUUGGAAGACCGACCAGGCUUUGAUAGAGAAGAAAGAGAAGCAGUCACGUGUCUGA